AUGUCGAUUCUUAGAAAUGUCAAAACCUGGGGACAAACUUCAACUGAGAUAAAGGUUAAAGAGGCCACAAACGAUAAUGAACAACGCGGGGCUACUGGCUCCUUGAUGAAUGAACUCUCGGUGCUGACAUAUAGCCCAAAAACUCUACGGGAAAUUACCCAGGUGGUACGUAGGCGACUCAGUGGGAACUACCGGAAAAGCUCACAUAAAAACGCUGUCCACAUGCUCAAGACACUGACACUAAUCCUGUAUUUGGUCAACAGCGGGUCAAAUGACUUUGUGGCUUGGAUACGAUCCUAUGCAUACCUUGUGAAUACGCUCAAGGAAUUUACCAUCGGCAAUUCCGGAAGCGAAACAACCGCAGCCCAGAUACGAAGUCUGGCGUCGUCUUUGUCGGAGUUGUUGCGAGACGAUGAACUCCUACGUCGGCGAAGGAGUGAAGUGACGCUUUUCAGGUCUAGCAUUUCGACCCCGGGACGAAAAUCUACGGAUAACAGCCAUUUGAAGCCGCUGGCGGUGAUUGCGGUCUCAGGAAGGUCCGCAGAACACACAAGAAGUUUGGAUUUGAGCCGACGGCGCGUUGAAGCCGGCACAAAACGCGAAGGAGACCAGACUCAAAACCGAACCGUGGUUUUGGGACCCUUGCGGGAGGAGGAAAAUUACGAUUGGGAUGGGUCUCUAACGACUAGUUUCCACGAUGGCAAGCACAAGGAUGAUUUGACCAGUGUGUCGGAAUACAAACGUCGGGGCGUGACGCGACGAUUGUCGAACCGAUUUCUGCUUUGA